AUGGCUAACGGCGUCUUAUCUCGUGGGCAACCCCCACUUUUGAGAAACACAGUUCCCGUCCGAAUGGCCAAGAUAGCGGACUGGAAUACAAAGGAGAUUCCAGCAGUGUCAGCGGGCGUAACGAUGGAUAAGAUUCAGCUCGUCAUCAAUGAUAAACUGCUACUAGAGCAGCUGUUCCAGUACACGGAUAUCACGUCUCCUAUACUCGAAGGCUAUAUGCCCAAAGCCAACACAGUUGCCGGUGAAUGCACACUGGAUAAGACGUAG